AUGGUCCAGUACAUUCGCUUUUUGCGAACUCCACGGAGCGACGUGGGCAAGAAGACCGUCGAUAUCUCAGCGGUCGUUGCCGUCACUACAGACCUGGGUGAUGCGUUCUUUGGUGAGGAUGUCGAACUGCUGGCAAAUGUCGUCGAGGCCAACCACCCCAAUGGCAUUCUGUGCUCCCAGGCCAUCCAGUGGCAGGCUUCAUCGCGAGCGCUCAAGUUCGCCGUCCACUGUCCUGGCAAGUAUAUCUCUAGACCUGUGCGGCUCCAUGUGACUACCAAGGAAACCGAGACUGCCUCUCAAUCGUUAGAGAUUCCAAAGAUCCUGGAUGUUUGGAGUUGUGUCUUCCUCUUGUCUAACAAACAGCGGACGGACCCAAUCGUGGAGCGACGAAUUGUCUUGUCGAACAGGAGCGUCGUGAGGAUGUGGGAGGAGACUGGCGACAGCAUUGCACGGCAUAUCUGGGAUGCGAGUCUAGGAUUCCUCGCCUACUUUGCCCAGGCUCUGUCUACGUCCCCCGUCGAUGGAAUGUCAAUGUUGGCGGCCCUGUUCAAGUCCAGCAAGGUAAGACGACUCAGGGUGCUGGAACUCGGUGCGGGCUGUGGCAUAGUUGGAAUCGCUUUGGCACAGCUUGUCAAAUGCGACCUUCUCCUUACCGACCUGGAGGACGCGCAGGAGAUUUUGGCGAGCAACAUCCGGUGUGCUGCGCCCAUGGCAGGAUCUACGGUUCGGUCGGAAGUGUUGGAUUGGGCUUCGAGCCUUGAUGAUAGCUCCAAUGCCAAUUACGAUCUCAUUUUGGUUUCCGAUUGCAUCUACAACCCAGACAGCAGUCUGCACCUGGUAGAGACCCUGAGGCAACUGGCCGCUCGUACACCCGAAACACUCAUUUUGGUUGGAUUCAAGCGACGGCACACCGAGGAUGAUUUGUUCUUUGCACGGAUGCGCAAGGCCAACUUCGAUACGGUCGAGACCCUCACAAUUCCGCUCCCCUAUAUUGACACCGAUCAAGAUGUGGACAAACCAGCCGCCGAGUUCUUCACCUAUAAGAUACGUUGCGCAUCGCAAAACCACAACUGA